CUCCACACCCACCUCCCCAAGCCUAGCCAUGGAGGCCAUCAAGAAGAAGAUGCAGAUGCUCAAGCUAGACAAGGAGAAUGCCAUCGACCGGGCUGAGCAAGCGGAGUCAGAUAAGAAAGUGGCAGAGGAGAAGUGCAAGCAGAUGGAGGAGGAGCUGACGCAUCUCCAGAGGAAAUUGAAGGGGACAGAGGACGAGCUGGACAAACACUCCGAGAACUUGAAGGACGCGCAGGAGAAACUAGAACUGACGGAGAAGAAAGCCUCAGACGCCGAAGGAGAUGUGGCAGCUCUCAAUCGGCGCAUCCAGCUGGUGGAGGAGGAGUUGGACAGGGCUCAGGAGCGCCUGGCCACAGCCCUGCAGAAGCUGGAGGAGGCAGAAAAGGCUGCUGAUGAAAGUGAGAGAGGAAUGAAGGUGAUAGAAAACCGGGCCAUGAAAGAUGAAGAGAAGAUGGAGAUUCAGGAAAUGCAGCUCAAAGAGGCCAAGCACAUUGCUGAGGAGGCUGACCGUAAAUACGAGGAGGUAGCUCGUAAACUGGUCAUCCUGGAGGGUGAACUGGAGAGGGCAGAAGAGCGUGCUGAGGUGUCUGAACUAAAAUGUGGUGACCUGGAAGAAGAACUCAAGAAUGUCACUAACAACCUGAAAUCACUCGAGGCAGCAUCUGAAAAGUAUUCUGAAAAGGAGGAUAAAUAUGAAGAAGAAAUUAAACUUCUUUCUGACAAACUGAAAGAGGCUGAGACCCGUGCCGAAUUUGCAGAAAGAACAGUUGCAAAACUGGAAAAGACAAUUGAUGACCUGGAAGAAAAACUUGCCCAGGCCAAAGAAGAGAAUGUGGGCUUACAUCAGACACUGGAUCAGACACUAAAUGAACUUAACUGUAUAUAACCAAAACAGAAGAGUCUUGUUCCAACAGAAACUCCAGAACUUUUGUGUCUUUCUCUUCUCUUGUAAGAAGUUUCUUUUGUUAUUGCAUCUUCGCUUUGCUGGAAAUGUCAAGCAAAUUAUGAAUACACGGCCAAAUAUUUUGUAUCAGAGAAGCUUUGGGCACCAGUUAAAUCUAAUUCCUUUCUUAUUUUCAAAUGGCACCAGCUUUUUCAGCUCUAUUUUUAUCCUCAAGUUGCAUGUAUUCCUAAGGUAGGCAGGGUACAUAUUUUCAUAAGAAUGAGGGCAUUUGGUUCCUGGGAGAAUAGACAACCCCACACUUUCAAAAUGCAAACUCCCAAUAUCUAGUCAUGGGUCCAACUUCUGCACUAUUUGGUCAUACAAUAGAACGUCAGGGACCAUCACAAUAAAGUGGGUGAGAAUACCUCACUUAGAGCCCAAAAAACCCAAAGGACUGGAGUGCCUAUUGAGCAAGAUCAGAAAGCACAGAUUAACCUAAUCAUCUUGGCUCUUUUCCACACUCUACCAUAUAGAACAAACAUCCUCUUAGCAGUCCACAUGAGAAUGCUUGGGAAAUGGUAGUCACCAUAAUUACCCAGAUAUUUUCAGGGCAGAUCCUUGACCAUGAUCUUCUACGUUUCUUUCUAAAGAAGCAGGCAUUUUAUUCCAAUAAUGACCCAUGCUUGUCUGCUCUGGUGCCACCCACUCAACAGGAAAGAAUAUGGCAGAAUUCAGUCCUAUUCAGGGAAACCAUGCCAAAAAGACUGCCAGUCAUCAAUAAUUGAGCAAGAGUGUUUUUCUAUUAAUAUACAUUGGCCAGCAGGGGCCUCUCUGGCAGCAGAGUAUGGGAAACUGGAGAUUUAUCUAGGGAUUUAAUUCCUUCUUCAGGACCAAGUUAAUAAAUGAACAAGAAACUCCUGAUUAAACUGGAUAUGGAGUAAUUUGUAGACAAGGCUGCACACUUUGGCUUUGUUAUAUUUCCGCUUUCUCGGUUAACAUCUCAACACUGAAACAUUCCACAUUCCCCAGUAGUGUGGGGGCCGACUCAAGUUUACAACUGACUAAAAAUCACCCUGCUUCUAGCUUACUCGAAUCCUCUGUCCCCUCACACCUAUUUAUUAAGCAUCACACUACCCAGGAGAUACACUAGCAAACUGUGCAACUGAAUAAAACCUACACUUUCAUUUAGAUUCUUGCAACUGUAUCAUAUGUAAUAGUAUCACUUUUUCUACAUUUUGGUCAAAUAAAUUUUUACAUAAACUACAAUUUGUGUGUAUUUUACAAUGUUUGU